AACUCCUCACUCUGUGACCUCCUCAAUGUAAUUUUCCAGGUGCGACGUAACACCAAAAACAUCUAUAAGUGGAAAUUUUAUGCAUGUACAGGAUGUGCAUGCGUCACUUUGAGAAACUGGAGCAUUUCUGUGAACGGUGAUUUUAGCUGCUGUGCUGCGAACGGCACCAGGAGGACAGACUCCACAGAUGCCGACUGGAAUACAUCUAAUUCAAAAUGGCAACAACGAUGUCAGUGUCUGAAUUAAGGAUUGUGAUGUUUGGGAAAAGACAGGGUGAAAAGAUCGAACUGAGUAACUUAUUAACAGGAAAACUAGAGGAGCCCGAUCAAAAAGCCGUCAAGUCCUGUUCUGCCUUCAAGGGAAGGUGGAAGCAGAUCCCGUUCACGCUGGUGAGGACUUCAGAUGUGUUCGGUCUGUCUGCAGAGAGACUAAAGCAUGAACUGAAGGUAUGUGUGGCGCACUGCCCCCCAGGACCAAACGUCCUGCUGCAUGUGGUCAAUCCCUACGAUUUCACUGAAGAAGACCGCCGAAAAGUCAAGUUCAUCGUGAGCUGCUUUGGUGAAGAUGCCUUUAAACACUGCAUGGUUGUCACAGCACAACGAGAUGGCAAGGAAAACUCUGCGGUGAACCAGCUCAUCCGGCAGUGUAUGCAUAAACAGCAAAAAAUAAACUUUGCAGAAGAAUUUUCUUCAAACACGUUUCAGAAACUGAUGUCAGAAUUACAGAGCAUCGUGAAAGACCGAGGGGGGAGACAUCUGACACUGACUCAGGCGGAGGAUCAAACACCUGUGUCGCCUGAAACGCACAGAUUCACCGAGCCCAGAGUGAACCUGGUGCUGUGUGGGAGACACGAUGAGUGGAAGGCUCUGCUCGGUCAGGCCAUCCUGGGGCCAGGAGAGUUCGGCUCGCCCGCCGACACAUCGGUAUACGUGAAGAGAGACACGGUGAGGAGCACACGGCAGCUCUCCCUGCUCGCACUGCCUGCCCUUUAUGGGAACACCCGGGAGGUAGCAACGACAAAAUCACUGAAGUGCGUCUCCCUCUGUGAACCCGACGGCGUCCACGCAUUCCUGCUGGUCCUCCCGCUGGACCAUCCCACCGUGGAAGACCAGAGGGAGCUGCAGAGCAUCCAGGACACGCUGGGCGUGGAGGUCAGUCGCUUCACCAGAGUCCUGUUCGCGGUGGAGACCAAUCCACGCUUCCCUCCCCUUGAGAGGCUUCUGACAGAGCACAGCGACCUCAAGCAACUGUGUCAGCGCUGUGGGGGACGAUACAUGAUCUUCAACGUUAAGAGCAAGCAGCAGGUCCCCGAGCUGCUGCAGAGUGUGUCCUCAAACGCAGCAUCCACAGGCUUCACAGCAGAUAUGAUUCCUACUAAUCCCACAAAGCAUCCACUUUUAUCCACGGUCGCCAAUGACAGAUCCAAGGUUGAAGAACCAUUCAUGUUCUCCAGACAAAUGUCUCUAAUCAAGCCAAGUUACCUGUCCAACUGGGUGCAGACUCCAGUGUCCUCUACUGAGCAAAGUAGAGGGUCUUCCACAGACCAGAGGCAUCUCAGGAGGAGUGUGAGCACAAUGGAGCGGAGGAAAGUGGGUCCCAGGGUUGACCCUCGACCUGCGGAGUGUUUAAGAUUGGUGCUGAUUGGGAAGACGGGCUGUGGAAAGAGUGCCACUGGAAACACUCUACUGGGACAAAAUCAUUUCUUCUCAAAGCUCUGCGCCACAUCCGUGACCGCAGAGUGCAGCAAAGUGACGGGACUCAUCGACGGGCAGCCCGUCGCCGUGGUGGACACGCCCGGCUUGUUUGACACGACUCUGUCCAAUGAGGAAAUAACCCAAGAGAUCAUGAAGUGCCUCACGCUGCUGGAUCCCGGACCUCAUGUCUUCCUGCUCGUCAUGCAGGUCGGCCGCUUCACCAAGGAGGAGAGGGAGACUGUGCAGCUCGUCAAGGACUUCUUCGGUCCCAAGUCAGGGGACUUCAUCAUCAUCGUGUUCACCAAAGGAGACGAGCUCCAUGGUAGGACGAUCGAGAGCUUCAUGAGCGAAGGCACGGGAUCCCUCAGAAAGAUGGUCGAUGAGUGUGGCGGUCGGUACCACGUCUUCAAUAACAAAGACAAGAACAACCGCAAGCAGGCCAGCGAGCUGAUGCUCAAAGUCCGGAAAAUGAUACAGGAAAACAACUAUGGCUGCUACACAUGCCCCAUGUUCAAGGGAGCUCAGACGGCAAGAUACGAAAGUGAAGAGGAAGAGGAUCAAAACCAUGGACUGAGAGAGCACACGAGUGUAGAGGAGCAACAAAAAAGCCUUCAAGAGAUGAUAAUUAAAGAGAUAGAGAGGGGCAGGAAAUAUGAGGACAGGCAACUUCUCAAGAAAAUAGAUAAAAUCCAAGAAGAACAAGAAGAAGAAAAGGGGCUCUACUCAGAAAUAGACCACAUGAUGCAGCUGCCGGUGACGGUGGCGAGGAACGAGGAGGACGUCAGAAAGCAAGACUUCCAGAACAGAGACCAGUUUGGUCUGCCCACUUCAUCUGAGAGGGAACUGGAGGAGAUGAGGUGGAAGCAGGAGGAGCAGAAAAACUACAUGAUCAGCCAGCUGAAGAGGAACAGGAACUUCAACAAAGACUACGACAGGCUCAUGCAGAAGCAGGACAUGGAGAUGAAGGAGCUGAAAGCCCGAUUCUGUUUGCUCGAUAGGCAGAUUCUCAUCAAGGCCAUUAAUCAGCUGAGCGAAUCCCACCAGCAGGAAGUGGACGAGUGGAUCAAGGAGCAUGUGAGGAAGGCCACGGAAAAGUCGUGUCGAGUUCUGUGAGCGUCUCCUAAUUGUCUGAACGUCUGGAAGGGAAGGACGCAGCUUCGACAGUUCAGGGGAAGAAACGUUUGACUGAUGGAGGAUUCUGAGCGACGGUGGACCGGCGGUCCUGGACGUUACUGUCCAGACUGCAGAGACACUCAACUGUCCUGUGUCUGCUGUUCAUAUCCUGCUGGGAAUGAAGUAAAGCUUCAGGAGAUUUGAAUCAUUUACAUUUAACACAGCGUCACAACUUUAACUGAGGUGUUUUCAAAAUAUGGUUUUAUGAUUCAAUGAAUGCUCAACUUUAUACGUUUUCAGUCUUUACUGUUCUGGAGCACUCCUUGAUUGUUGAAAUCAAAAUUGCACAACAAUUAAAAUGUAUUCUUGUUCUUAUUUAAAACCUGAAUGAGGACUGAGGCUUUCAGCAGACCGUUCAGACAGGAGGCGGAGAAAAACUCAGCCUGAUUGAAACGCGGUUGGCUUAUAAAACACAUUCUACAUCUACAUUUAUGUGCCUUCCAGAAAUGUUUUACAUGUUUUAAAUCCUGCUCUGCCGUUUGUUCGCUGCUGCAUGCUCAGUGUGUUCGUGACAGACCUUUAUCUCUUCGUCUUCGCCUCGUAGUUUCAGGUUUGACUGGUUGGAGCACUUCCUCCCCCGUCCUGUCAGUCUGGUCUUCACUGUAUUUUUAUUCGGAAUAAAAAUCUCUUUCAUAAGCGCGUUCAUCUCAAGUGUGUUUGUCCUGAGUGUGUGUGAGGAGGUCUGUGAGCUGUGCACUUCGUUAACGAGCACCCAAAUAUCUAAGAAUU